CCAACUGGUAUACAUGAUUUUGAUAUCAUCAAGCCAAUUAGUAGAGGUGCAUUUGGGUAAGUGGCUUUAUUGCAUCUGAUUGAUAAUCCAUAAUAAUUAGAAAUCAUACAUGAUAAAAAAAUAAUUGGUCUAACAAGAAGCAAUCAAUGUUGCCAAAAUAACUUACACUGAAUUGCUAAUUUAAGGCUACCUUUAUUUGGAAACAUCAUGCGGAACCUUAAAAGUUUCUCACAUGCUUGUGAAUGAUAAUGUGCGUGUGCUUAUCCUUCUAUACAAAAUUUUUUCUUGGAAAAUUGCAUACAAUGUAAUUUACAAAUGUAUAAUUUCCAAUAUUUUUCACCACGUAUCGGAAUGCCUGUGAUAGUGCUGGAGCCAAAAAAUAUUUCAAAAGGAAGUAGCAACCACUCCUAGUUAUAGGCUUCUGUACCUGCAAAUGUUAAAUUAAUAUUAUUUAAGAAGUUUGCAAUGUAUUUUAAUACAUGUAUCUCAUUUCUCUUUAUUUUAAACAUCUAUUAGACAGGUUUUCCUUGCUCAUAGGAGAGAUAAAGAUAAACAAUUUUAUGCCAUAAAAGUUGUGAAGAAGACUGAUGUUGUCAACAAAAACAUGAUUGAACAAGGUUUGUAUGUCUAUUUCUUUUUCUUUUUUUUUUAAAAAAAAUUGAAUUCUUAACUGUAAAUGGACUCUUUUUUUAAUCUCCCAUAAUGCACUUUGUCUGCCCCCCACUCCCCCCAAAUUUUAUGCAUAAGUCAUGUUUUAAAAUGCUAUUCAUUUGGGAAUAUGCAAUCCUCCCAGGAGCAUUUGAAAACUAAAGCAACAUGUAAUAUAGUCGUGAAUGUAAUGGCAGGCUACCUCAACAGAGAACCUAUUUCAAAUUAAUGUCCCUGUUAUUCUCAGACAAAAUACCUGCUGGCCAGCAAAUUUGUCUCAAGAUUAACUUUCCCCAAAUUUCAUUUAGUUACAUACAUGCCCUCUUACAGAAUAAUGUGCUUACUGGUUGUGAACAGUACAAUGUAAAGUGACUGUCUUCGUGUGAAUGUUGAUAUGUCAUCAUUUGUAAUAUUAUUAAAAAAAAUUGAGAAUUAUGCUUUGAAUGGUUUCAAACAUUGCAGGGUGGCUGGUGAUGUCUUACUAUUAGACUGUGGUCUUACAUACUUACUUACUUACUUUAUAAGACUUACACACCCCAUGAUGUACAUUGUAGUACCUUGCACGUCAACAGUUUCCUUAUUUCCUUGUUUGGCAGAGGGGUGGGUGCAGAGUAAAAGUGCUUAAAUUCAAUUCCAAACACUCUUAGUGCAUUUGCAGAUACUCAGAGUAUCUGUGAGCACUGCACUAAUCAAGGUGUCAGGGUUGUAAUGUAACUACAGUAUGAGUGAGUAUUCAUAAUUGUUCUGCUAUUUAAGAUUUCUCCCUCAAUACUGGCAUGCUAAUCAAUUAUUGCGUUGUUUCUCAUUGUAGAGAAAAGUAUGUUGUCUCCAAUACUAUGGUAAAUAACUAUAUAUGAGAAUUGGGAUCCUGUCCUUACUUCACAUUUACCUGUAUUUUCACAUCAAAAAGUAUCCAACACAGUAAGACUAAAAGAAAAUACAGCACCACUAACCGUCAUCUAUUAGUACUAAAUGACUGUAAUAAAGACACACACUCGACAUGCAAAACAUUCAUUUAGGCAUGCAUGUUAUAACUGAGUGUUAUUUCCUAUGUUUUUUUUUUUCAGUUGUAGCUGAAAGGGAUGCUUUAGCAAUCUCAAAAAGUCCAUAUAUUGUCAACUUGUUUUACUCAUUUCAGUCAAAGGACAGAAUAUUCCUGGUUAGUUCAAUUACCUGUAUAAAUUUAUGUUUCUAAUUUUUUUUUCUCAUCCUGUAGAAUACAUGUACCUGUACAGUCAUUUGGUAAUAAGUGUGUGUUUGAUUAUCAAUGCUCUUUACGAAAAAACUUGUACUUUUACACCAGACCCAAGUGUGCAGUAAAAUGAAGCAGAGACUGGAUGUAGUGUUGUUUUCCCCUUCAGUUUUCUUCCUGGGGUUAGGCCGAUAUUCAGAUAACAGGGAUGUAGCUACGUCAAAGCUUUUUUACUCAACUGCACCCUCAAAAUUGCCCCAUAUUUUUUGUUUUAAAGUGUAAUUUUUGCUGGUGGUAAGGUCUCUUUCAGCUAGUGAAAUUAGCAGGCUGUUGCUCAUAGUGAAAUUCCUCGGAGCAUCUGCAAAAAAAUGAAAUUAAUUUUAUCAUCAGACACUCAGAUAGAGUAAUCCCUUCCAGUAUGUAAUAAUUUAUUAUAUUACCACUCAUUAUCACGAAAGGCUUCAGUUCCUCAGUUGUUCGACAUAAUUAUAGUUACUAAAUGAUGCUCUAUAAUUUUUAAUUUAGGUAAUGGAAUACUUAAUUGGUGGGGACUGCAAAUCUUUGCUGCAUAACCUGGGAUACUUUGAUGAGGAUAUGUCAAGAAUUUAUAUAGCGCAGGUACAUGACAGUAUUACAAUGUACGUUGUGGCUCAAUUUUAUCGUUGGUUUAAAUUUCUUUUUUUUUUUUCAAUAUCCCAGCAGCGUACAUUUACAUUAUCAUUACCUCAAGACAAAGGAAAAUAAAAUUUAAACCAAGUCUAAUAAAAUUGAACUGCAUGUACAUGUAUAAUACAGGAUGUGUUCCUUUGGGAUAAUCCAGAUCAGGAUCAAGAUCACUUGGAUUACAGUGCAUCAGAGGAACCACAAAAUCCGAGUUGGACAAGGAUUUUGUGGUAAUUUGAAUGUACAUGUACCAUCUUGGUAAUCUUGGAUAACAAAUCCUGAUUCAGACCUGGCCAUCCCAAAUGGUGUGCACCCAUACUGAACAUACAAUUACACUUCUUGUAUAUUGCUGCAAUAGGAAGGAGAUUUGCAUUUGACUUUUUAACUAAGUCAUUUGUUUUAUAAUAAACACCAGUAAGUAUGUGCACAUGUUUUUCAGUAAUGCCAGUUCAUGGUAUAGUUGUGCCAAGUAUUAUAUGGCUACACCCUUCCUUGUACCUGGUUAAAGAGAGAAAGUAUAGAGUCUGUAUUCAAGUUUCUUGGGUUACAAAACAAUGCUAUAUGGCAGAAAUCUAACAAAAUUUAUGUACUUUACAGCUCAUUAAUAAUUUUAUUUCAUUUUGUAACAUAGUUUGUUUUGCUGCUGUUGGCCAUAACUUCAUGUAAUUCUGUUUUCAAAGUUGUUCUAUAAUAAUGUAAUUCUUUUAACUGUUUUCAUAAGUUGUUCUAUAAUAAUUAUUCUAAACUGUUAUCCCUGAUAGUUAGUUGCUUUCCUAUUUUAGGUUGUUUUAGCUUUGGAAUACCUUCAUAAACAUGGCAUUAUUCACAGGUAGGAAGGUUCCCUAGGCUAGGAGGCCUCAUGAAAAUGCAUACACAAAUAUGCUGUUGGGGGUGGUUUAACAUUGUAUUCAAUCAUGUAGUUUGUUAUGCUGUAGACGAAACUUAUCUGAAACCGUUUUCCAGGGCUUCUGAUAUUUCGCGCGGUCGCGGACCCGCGAAAUUACCCAGAAAUAUUUCCAAACACAUGUCGGCAAGACAUGUUUAAUACUUAUCUUGGCUAUUAGACCUGUUUUAAUCACCCCAAACGUCCAAAUUUAUCUUGAAACUUCCUCACUGCAACGAGUAAACAACGUCCCAAAACUAUCAGGCGUUCUUAGAUUAAUGUUGCGAAAAACUGGGCGCUAACCAUAAUCUUAAUAGCUCGAAAUCGGCCGAUUUUUCCGCGAAUUUGCCCCUGAAAAUCCCGCGAAAUUUUCCUUUUUUUUUCCGCGAAAUAUCAGAAGCCCUGGUUUUCAUCUACAUUGUGAGUGAAUUAAGGUUAAAAUGGAAUCUCCGCUCCGUUUAGGAGUCCAUUCGAAGUAAAAGAUAUGAAAAGGAAAACUAAGCAUCACUUCAAAGUCAAAAAUACCAUUUUCAGGUCUGCAGUAGGUUUUGCUGACUAGUUCCCUCUUGUAUGGCGUAUUAUACUUUUACACGAUUAGAUACAUUUGUACACAAUAACAUGUAUGUAGGUUUUAUGGUGCGCAAUAUAUGAAACAUAAUUCAGUUUCCAAUCCUAACUACAAUGAAUAGGGAUCUCAAGCCAGACAAUCUUCUAAUAUCCAAUGAAGGAAAGAUCAAGUUAACGGACUUCGGACUGUCAAGAUUAACUCUUGAAAGAAGUAAGCAACCUUGAUUGUUGAUAAAAUAUCCUAUUAGAUUACAUGUACCACACAACCCUCAGGACUUGCGAAUUCUUCAAAGUACCAGUCGAUAACAGAUAGAAAUCUCGAUGUAUCCAUUCUUUACCUCCAUUGCGUACUUACAGAAAGGUCUGGAUAAUAAAUUUGGAAAAAUGACAACAUUUUGUUGUUUUUUCAUACACUCUUUUUUUUUCAUAUAAGAACCUUUUUAAUAAGAAAAUUCAGCCUGAAAUUUGCCAAACAUUAAGAACAUGCUAAGAACCACCCGAGGCUAAGAGAAGAACAAUUUAUUUUUCACUGCUUUUACUUUCCUAAAUCCAGAAAAUCUGAAUUACAUAAUGUCCUACAUGGAAUCAGAGUCAAUGCAAAAUUCUGUUCUUUCAACACAUUCCUAUUGUGUACGGUCUAUAAUACAUUUAUAUUGUACUUGUGAAUACUAUAAUCAUUGUCUUAUCUUGUCUUAUCUUGUCUAUAUCUAGCUUUAAAAGGUGUCAGAUUUCCGUUUAUUGAAAUUAAUUUUAAGAACAUCCGUAAGAACAUUUCCAGACUAAAACUGACCAGAAAAUAAGAACGGUCCAGGCUCAACUCGAAAAAUUGACAUUCUUAUAAAAAAGAGUGUAGCUCAACUGUCAUCUUCAGUAUGAAAUCAUGAAGUACUGGGUCGAGUUAAAUUUAGCACGCAAAAAAUGAGUGGCUAAUGAGCAAAAACUGCGUGCUUAUUUUGUGGAUGGCACUUUUUCAGAACCAAGCUUCAUUGAUGUUAUGAGCACACCUUCUGUGAACAAAACUGACAAAGCUGGAUCAAGUUUUUUCAGGACUCCAGGCCAAGUGAUGUCAUUGACUUCGAAUUUCACUUUUGUAAGUAAUUACACAACUUUUGCAUGUAGCGCGCACCAACAAUCGUGCAGGGAAAUCUUUAGAAAAACUUUCAUAACUUAAGGGUCCUUAAGACUUAAAGUGCCUUCCUUUGGGAUGAUCAGGAUCAGGGAUCCGUGAUCACUCAGAUCAUGUUGCGUCAAAUGAAUCGAUGAAGCCGUGUCCUGUCAGUGGAUUCAUGGGGUCAUUUAAUGUAACAUGAUCCGAGUGAUCACGGAUCACUGAUCCUGAUAGGAAUACACCCUUAGAUAAUCACUUGUUUCCCAUCAUAACUGCAAGAUUGACCGCGAGUACGACUUUGCCAAUGAACUACAUUAUAUUCAUUAUCAACGACAUUUCAUAGUUCCUCAGAGCGAAUUGAAGGACUAUGUGCAGCAAUAGGAUGAGCGUUUGAAUAUAAUUAGGAUGGCUAAGUUACCGUAAAAUUCCGAAAAUAGGCCCCUCCAUGUAUAAGCCCCUCCAAAUAUAUGCCCCCCAAACUCGUAACGCAAAAAACCCUCCGUUAAAUCGCCCCUCCGAAUAUAAGCCCCCCCCCCCCGGGGGGGUUGUACUUGAAAGUUACCCUUAAAUACAAAGCAAAACAAAGCAAAAACGGUAAAUUUCUUUCCAACUAUAAGGCUAGCCCAAUCGAUUUUGAAACGCAAAUUUCCCUCCGUAGUUAAGCCCCUUCGAAUAUAAGCCCCUCCAAAAAUAAGCCCCUCACAAAGGGCCUUUGAAAAAUACAAGCCCCGGGGCUUAUUUUCGGAAUUUUACGGUACUUUAUCUAUUUAGGCCCCCGUCCACACGAAUCCUGAUCUUUUUUAAAACGCAUUUUUUACACUAUCAGCCUAUCAUCCAAACGAGAACAGUGAAUCCGCUCCUUCAUCCGCGGUCUAUUCUUGUGCAAAUAAAAUGAGGUUUCAAAAAUAUCUGGAUUGGUGUGAACGGGCCCGGCCUUAGUUGAUGAAACCAACUAUCAACGAGUUUUUCAGUCCCCCACAGUCGUAACAUCAUUGCUUCUGUAGAAACUAAUCCAUUGAUCCUCGCAAGCCGCAAAUGCUUACCAGCCAUGGCAAUUGUAUAUCUGAAGACUCCUUAUCAUCGGUAGGAUAACGCUCAGCGCAUUGGUGUAUCAUAAAGUCGUGCUUAUUAUUGGCAAUAAAAUGAUUCAAAGAACAAAUUUGCGAUCACCAGUUUGUUUGAUCCACAGUCCCUGUCUUCUGUGAAGCCUGCCUAUAGAUCUAGACUUAACAGCAGCUGUGGAGAAUUACAGCACCACUUGGAAAACACGCCUGCAGUGCCAUGUGAAUCUUCUGUUAGUCACACCGAAAGAAUCCCUGGUGCCACUCCCAAAACUGCUAUGAAGCCUUGUGAUCAAACGCCUCUCGCUCCAUUGGCUGGUGAGCUUUUCAAAAAAUACUUAUCUGGACAGACUAUAUGUGGCAUGUAUUUAAUAGUACAGCUUGUUUAUUAGCAAGAUUCACAUUAUUAGACUCCUACAUUUACAUAUAAUAUUAGUUGAACGCACUUCGUUUCCAUGGACCGUGCUUUCAUGGCACACUUCCAGUCCCUAACACCACUGAACUCGAAUGCAUUCACAGGGGUGUUCUCCACUCAUGAGGAACACGUUCAAGGGCACGUCCUCUCAUCCACCGACCACGACUCUUCAUUCAUUCAUUCAUUCAUUCAUUCCCUCCCUCCCUCCCUCCCUCCCUCCCUCAUUCAUUCAUUCAUUCAUUCAUUCAUUCAUUCAUUCAUUCAUUCAUUCAUUCAUUCAUUCAUUCAUUCAUUCAUUCAUUCAUUCAUUCAUUCAUUCAUUCAUUCAUUCAUUCAUUCAUUCAUUCAUUCAUUCAUUCAUUCAUUCAUUCAUUCAUUCAUUCAUUCAUUCAUUCAUUCAUUCAUUCAUUCAUUCAUUCAUUCAUUCAUUCAUUCAUUCAUUCAUUCAUUCAUUCAUUCAUUCAUUCAUUCAUUCAUUCAUUCAUUCAUUCGUUCGUUCGUUCGUUCGUUCGUUCAUUCAUUCAUUCAUUCAUUCAUUCAUUCAUUCAUUCAUUCAUAAUAAUAAUGUAGAUGUAUUAGGCUCUUUCUAAUUUGGAUAGGGUAACUAACUGAACAGACUUUGUUUUUGCAGGUCAAGGCACGAAGAAAAGAACCCACUUUUGUCCGAAAAUCAGCCAAAGAACAUUUAACGUCGACGACCCUCCAGAAACGCCUCUUCUUUCAGAUAGAGCGGGUCACAAAAAUGUUAGAAACAGAUCUCCAGAGGAAGAUCAUGUGCUGCCAGCUAGUAAGAGACUUCGCCAUUCUGGCCUUACCGCUGAGAUCGAUGCUCUGUCCUUAAAAGAAAUCGGAAGGAAAACUUUUAGAGAUCCUCUGCUGGAAGUUUGUGUCUCAGCGUCUCAAAUGUCUGGUGAAAAGAGCGCAAGCGCAGACUUGGUAACUUCACCUUUCAAUGGAAGUCCUGUCACAGAGAGGGACAAGGCGAGCCCACAGGUCGCUCAUAAAUUUCUUACACCCUCAAGCCCGCCUUUCUCUACAGCUGGUAAUAUCAAGUUUUUCAGUCCACGUGAAAGAUCAGGAACAAUUACAGAGUUUUUAAAGGAGAAAGGACAAGUCACACCAGGGAGCGACGACUGCUCUAAAGGAGAGCAAGUGAUGAGCAUCUUGACACCUGUAACGUCUGUGGCCCGAAGAAUCGUGUCCCCCGAGGUGCAGUUUUCUUCGGGUUAUGUUAGCGGAACAAACAGUGAAACAGGAAGCGACUUUGACCAUGAAUCUCCUGUGUUUGAGAAAGUUCCAGAUGGCGAUUGUAACAAAUUUGAUGGAAAUUCAAAUUGUGCGAGGUUGUUUCAAGGCCGUAAAUUAGCAGUUGAUAAUCUUAACACGAGCACUGGUGCCACUCAGGAUACGAGUGGAAGUUCAGGCUUUAUCGAAAGUCCAGCCAGCAGGUCCGCUCUGACCUGUUCAAAGAACAAUCAGUAUCCAGCUUUUAAUUGCACUCCGUGUUCAUCUAAAAUCAAAGUUUCUGAUGAGAUAAUGCGUACAGCCAAGGAAAAAAGAAGUAACUAUUUGGAAAGGCGUGAAAGUGGAGUUUCUUUUCUACCACCUUCACCCAUGAUCGGGGCCACACCUGAGCCAUUUGUUCUACGAGAAAGGAGCAUAACGAUCGAAGUUGAAGACCAGGAGAAUAUCAGUGAAUUGCAUGUUGGCUCAAGAGGAAAUGUCAAUUCUGAUGAAGAGGUUUUUAUUAAGUCUACUGAAACUUACAAGACUGUCGAUGGAAAUUCAAGCGUCGGAUCUUCUCUUACUCGCCCUCGAUGUCUUACUAUUCCCUUUGAGAACGACAGUGACAAAGAAAAUACCUUUGAGGAAACAUACUCAAAGUCAACACAACACACUGGUAUGGAAAUCAAUUCACCCCUUAUGGCGGAAUCCCCAAUGGAUGUCACAUUCAAGAGUCAGGCAAGCUCUAAGGGCACUCCGGGUAUAAUGGAGGUGUCUCAACAAUGGCAUCAUACCUCGGCCCCUAUUAUGCGUACUCCUUUUCGGACCCCGAAGUCUUGUCGCCGAGGCAACCGAACGCAUGCAUCACCACCUAAGAACAGGAUACUUGGAACUCCAGACUAUUUGGCUCCAGAAAUUUUGCUAGGGCACGAUCAUAGUAAGUGUGUCUCUAAAGCUACGUGCAAACGGACGCAAAAACUCCCAACAAUGUUGGGACCUGCAGUGCACCGUGGGAAGGAUAAAACCCAUAAGCCUUUGUAAACAAUGUGUAAGGCACGUGUUCGGCUCCAACAGUGUUAGAAGAGCUGUGCAAAUGGAUCCAACAUUGUUGUGCUACGCUUUGGCGAUCACGGGACAACAGAAAUGUUGGGGGUUGUUGACUCAAAAGUUUGGCCGCUUUCAAAUUUUACGCAACAACUCCCAACAACAUGCAACAGGGUGUGCAAACGGACGAAACAUGUAACAUCCAACAAUGUUGGGAGUUGUUGGCCAACAAUUUUGCGUCCAUUUGCACGGGGCUUAAGAGAUCAAUGCAUUUUGAUAAUGCAUUAAGGAAGAAUCUUGACUCUAACUUUUGUCACAAAGCCUUUGGAGAAGAGUUGUAAAGGACUCUGUUUAAAUAAAAAUAACAGAUAAUCAUCCCUUUCCUUUUCCCCAAACUGACAACAUUGAGUAUCAGCUGACAGAGUAUUUGGCUAGAGUACAGCAGUUGAGGCUCUCAUGCAAGGAGUUAACUGCUCUUUUUCUGCAAAAUGAAUAAUAAAAUGGCUUGGUAAAGGUUCUUCCUUCUUGACCCUAUUCAUUUAGGGUAGUAAUGGUAGAAAGAGACAUUCAAGAAAACACUAGAAAAUAUUUCAAUUUGACUGGAUUUAUGAAAAUAUUUAUUCUGUUCUAAUAGCAUUAAGGUCAGCAAGAGUACCUCGAUGCUCAGUGCUUCUUAGAAACGCUGUGGAUACUCUAGCUGCUGUUUCACCUUUUCGAACAAAUUCUAGCAUUUAUACUGCAGCUUCAGCUACAUUUGCGUUAUGUGUAGGAGCCAGAGAACGACUCGAUGUAAUAUUCUAAUUACUACUAAUUAUUAAGAGUGAUGAGGAAUUACAUGUAAAACUAAACAACUUUUGAAGGGAGGAUGGUAUUCAUCGCCUAUCUUUCGAAACAAUGAGAAACAUAGUUUAAUUCACUAGAGAAAAUAAUGUCUCUGAGCAUGGGUUUUAUUUUUGCCUUUAGCUCCUGCAGUGGACUGGUGGUCACUAGGCGUUUGUUUGUAUGAAUUCCUAACUGGAGUUCCACCAUUUAAUGACGACACCCCAGAACUGGUCUUCAGCCACAUCAUGCAAAGAGGUACGUUGCUAAAUCCUUUUCUAGGCAAAGACUUGUCUCAAGAAUAUUCACUUAUGAGUUAUCGAAUAUUUAAGAUUGAUUCAUCAUUUUCUAGAGCUACUUUGGCCUGAAGGAGACGAAGCACUGUCUGAAACAGCCGUUGGGGCCGUUGAGAAAAUUCUAACCCUCAAAGCAGAGCUCAGACCUGGAGCAUUAGGUAUUUUAACGACGUCUUUGUUAUAUUAUUCUAAACAACAGCAACAACAAAAAUUGCAGAGACUUUUAAGUUUAGUUUCCUUAGUUUUUUUGGUCGUGUUGCUUGCAACGUUUAUUCAACUACCAGAUUCACCACCUGGUUACGUUAGAUUGUGUUCAAAGCGCAUUUGUUUUAUCGAUUAAAAGAGGAAAAAAGAUUAUUUAGCGAGUAUAUAAUUACGUGCCGAGGAUAGUCUGCGCAGAUCUAAGACUAAAAUUAGGAGAACAGACCUGACUGCCUUAAUUGAGGAUGGCUGUAGACGUUGCAUGCUGUGUAAUAAUUAACUUUGAGACCCUAAGCAAAAUUUUUAUCCUGUUAUCAUAAACAUACAUUUUUACGGGUAAAUAGGUCUUAUUUUUUUCUUUUUCUUUCCUAGCGUUUACUAUUUGAAUGACUAUUUUAACAUUAUUUUAACACUAUUUUAGUAUUUAAUUUUUUUAUUAUUAUUAUUUAUCUGUUAUUUGCGUCACCAAUUAGUACUAUGCGCUAGAGAUUCUUGACACGUUAACAAAGUUCACUAUUACUAGUAUUAGGCUGGUCGAACAGAAAAAAUGCGGAUUUUACAGACGGUCUCUAUUUCAUUUAGACUACACCAGGGAAACAAGCUAGACAACUCAAAUGCCGUUUGCUUGUUUGUUUGAUAUGUACUUGAUAACUCAAGGUUCUGAUUUGUUUUUGUCCGUUAGAAGUAGUUGAAACCUAACUCCGUAUCUCUUAUCCUUACAGAAAUUCAAAGUCUUCCAUUCUUUUCAAAUCUCGACUGGACGUCCAUCGAUAGCCAUCCUCCGCCAUUUGUCCCUCGGCCAGAUGAUAUAACUGACACUACAUAUUUUGAUGGUAAGAUCAAAUUCCUCCAAAAUCACCACUCCAAAAUAAAAUUUCCCAAACAUUUUCCCUUAAUGCUGGUUAUACAAUACUGAGCCAAAUUCUUUACAUGUUUGUUAGUUUAAACUUCAGUCAAUAAUCUCUCCCUUCUUCUCUUAGAGAAAUUAUUACUUGAAGACUGCAAACAUCAUUAUAAUGCUUUAAUUUUUCUCUCUUUGCAGCUCGAAAUACAAUACAAAAUCUACGCCUUUCUUCCUUUAGUCAUUGA